AUGAAUCCUGAAACAUCAUCAUAUAUUGAACUUGGUGAUGACGAGGUUGACCUUUUUCACAACCCUCCUUAUAAACUCCAUUUACCACUCGGUGAAUUUAUUUCACCAAAUCCUAAUAAUGUUGAUUCUAUCAGUAUCCCAAAAUCUCCAAACUCUUUUUUCUUAUACCGUAAAAAUUUUAUUGCAGAACAUAAUUCUCCUGGGAAUAAAAAAGAUGGGAAAGCUUUUUCAAAGGAAGCUGGUGCUUCCUGGGAGAAUGAAUCGGAUAAAGUAAAGAGUUACUUUAAAGUAUUAGCAAAAGUAGCUUUUCAAAACCAUAUAAUAGCUUAUGAAAAUAGAAAAAAUCAUAAUCAUAUUUUUAUUCCUGAACAACCAGGACCACAACAAAACUCAAUAGAUAAUGAUAACAACGAUUCUAUGAUUUCAUCAUCACACUAUCCACAUUCUACUUGUCGUUACACGAACGAUAAUACGACCUCGUCUUAUCAACAACUAGAAAUGCAACAGGAUAAUCUUCAUAAAAACGACAAUACCGAUUGUGCAGUUUCAUCACCAUCUAGUCAAUAUUAUUCUAUUUCUUCUUACAUAGAAUUACAGCAAAAACAAAAAGAAAAUAAUAACGACUGUGCAGCUUCUUCAUCACUUCAUCCAUUUUCUUGCAGAAGUGACAAUACAAGCUCGUCUCAUUUUAUGAUUCAACAACUACAACAAAAAGAUAAUUUUUGCAAAAACAAUAAUAGCGAUGGUACGGUUCCAUCAUCAUUACUUCAUCCACAUUCUUCUCCUCCUUCCUCUUCGUCAUAUUUUAUGGUCCAACAACUAGAACCACAACAAAAAUAUAAUUUCUGUAAAAGCGAUAAUAACGAUUAUGCAGUUUCAUCAUCACCUUAUCUACAUUCUACUUCGUUCGAUUUUAAUAUCAAUGCUGAUCGGGAUGAUGCAUUUAUUGACUGCUCCCAAUUUUAUGAUUGGAAUGCAUAUAUUGUCGGCUCCCAAUUUUGA